GGGAGGCAAUUAAUAGCAAGUAUGUCACUUUACCAGGAAAUGAACAGAGCAAGAAGACCGUUCAAAUUGACCAGGUUACAAAGUGUGACAGCUGGCUCAUCGUGCACUUUUUGAAUGUAUAUAUAAUUGCAACUUUUGGAAAGAUAUUUAUAGAUUGUUGGACUUGCUGAUUUGGUAGACAGUUCUGCUUAACAUAUAUUUUGUUUUUGUAAGCUACUUUAAAAAGGCAACAAUAUUACAGUAAUUUUUUUUGUGUCCAUUUGUUUUUUGUUUUUGCAUAUUAGAUUACACAAAUGCAUAUCAAUUUACUUUCUGAGAGCAUUUUUCUGUAGCCUGGUCAACUCGUCAGGUUACACUUAUCCCGCAUGACGACGCGCUCAUUGCCUCACGAUUAUUGAAGAAGGAACGAACGAGAAGUGUCUCCUCUGCAAUUUCGUCUCUGGACUGGAGGGUUAUUACCAGAAUAUCUACGCGGUUUAUCUGCACUUUGGUGGAUUUCGCUUGCAUUGUAAAACUUCAUCAUCUGGCCUUCUGACAAGAAACACGAAAUGAAACCCUUUGCUUCGUUCGUCAUCCAGAUUGCGGUGACGUUCCAACUUCAGCUUUCACCUGCUCAGAUUACGCCCUCACCCAGCUCAAACAGCACAACUGGAGUGUUAAUGUUCCAGGAAGUGUGGGGUCGUAGUUUCUGCCGGACCAUAGAGAAGCUGGUGGAGGUGGUCCAGGAGUACCCCGGGGAGGUGGAGCACAUCUAUAGUCCCUCCUGUGUGCCCCUGGUGCGCUGCGCUGGUUGCUGUGGCGAUGAGAAUUUGGAGUGCCAUCCUACUCAGACCUCUAAUGUCUCCAUGCAGUUGUUGAAAAUCAAGCCAGGGGAACAGGGUCAAGAAUACGUUGAGAUGUCUUUUGUGGAGCACCAGACAUGUGAAUGUAGAAUCAGGAAGGCUCUGGUGAAAAGUGAAAGGAGGAGACAAAGAGGAAGAGGAAGAAAAAGAAAGGAGAGACAGAGAGUGAAAGAUUGUGACAGGUGUCAGCCCCCUCGCAGGUAACUGCAGUAGUAGCCCUACACCUGUUGCAACCGGCAUCUCUAUUUAUUCUCUGCCCAGCGCUAACAGUAUCAAGAGUCUUCUAAACACAAUACUGUGUCUCUCUGCACCUAGAGACUCAAUCAGCUGGGUUGUUAUGGUGACUGACAGGCUCUCCAGCCUAGGGGAGUUUUUCUGACUUAAGUUCUACAGGAAGCACAUGUUGCUGGGUGAAAAAAACACCUUGGUGACAACUGACCUGACAGAUGUUUCUGUGAAGCAGUGCAAUGGAGGACCAAACUUUUUAAGGUUUUAGACUAACAAUCAUGAUGGAUAUGUUUGGCAUUAUUACAUGAUUACUAUUGUUUAGUGUUGUUUUUAUUGCUGUGGUUGUUUUUGCUGGUGAUCCCAUUUAAAAAAUAAUAGGUCUACUUAUGAAUAAAUGUUAUAUUCAGGAAAUUGCAAUGUUGUUUUAAUAAAUCUUUAGGACUAACCAACUAACCAAAUACUUGUGGUCCUCUCAUGGCACGUAGGUUCCUAAGUAGACUAGCAACUCAUUUUCACAACUGAAUGAGUCAUAUUUAACUUUUUGUCUUGUGCUAUAAAACUUUGUACAAUCAUACAUGGACUAUGGAUUAGUACAGUUAGUGCUAGCCUUCAGGGUUGGGUAAGUUACUUUCUCAUUGUAAUCUGUUACAGUUACUACUGGUUACUGGUCCAAAUUUGUAAUCAGUAACGUAACUUUUGGAUUACCCAAACUCAGUAAAGUAAUCUGUUUCCCAUUAAGAGGCAUUAGAAGAAGACCAAAAUAAUCCAUCAAACGCAUUUGGCGUGUCAUCAUAGUGGUCUCUGACUUGUAGACCGACUCUCUCAGGUGGAACAAACUUAAACUUGCACCUUUUUUCAAUUUUGAAUUGAAUGUCAUUGAGAAAACAGAAAGGUGUAAUUUACAUAUUCACAAACAUCCUUUCUGAAUUUAAAGUAAUCCAAGUAGUAAUCAUCUAGUUUUUCAAAAGUAUCUGUAAUUGGAUUACAAUAUUUUUGCUGGUAGCUGAUUACAGGUUAAAAAAAAAUGUAAUUGGACUGCGUGUAAUCACUUACUCCCCAACCCUGCAAGCCUUAGGUGGAGACCAGGAUGUACUGAGCGCUCAGUAGACACUGCAGCAGUAACAGGACUAUACUAGUAGAAUAUCUCCCUCUAGUGGUUACAGAGGGAAUUUUCAGAGUAAUGUAUUUACAUAAAAGACAAAGGUUUGUUUAGUAUUAAGUCACAGGAGGCUGCUGAGGGGAGGACGGCUCAUAUGGCUGGAAUGGAAUGGUAUCAAACACAUGGAAAACGUGUUUGAUGUGUCCGAUACCAUUCCAUUGAUGACUUUUCAGCUGUCCUCCCCAGUUAAGGUGCCACCGACCGCCUGUGGAUUAAGUAUAUAAUGAUAUUAUUGAUAUAAUAGGUACAGUUAUAUGUCUAUUGUCUUUUUUUCCAUAGGAAAAUGUGUUGGUAUGCCCCUGUGAGUUUGUACUUUUAGGGAAUUAAAUAGUGACAUCAUAAAAGGACGAUGAAAUCAACAUACAUGUAAGGCUAUGCAAUAUACUGUAACAUACACAUCGUAUCAUUCAUCUUAGUGUUAAAAAACCUGGGACCAAGUCAUUGACCAUGUAGCAUACUAAUGAAUAACUCCAAAGCAAGUAGACCUAUACUCCAGUAUCAAUGUAAGGAGCUGCAUUAGAACGAGCUACGCUAAACCAAUUUAAGCAACUGACUGGUUGCUGUGAAAAGGGCCUACUGGACCAUAUCAACUCUGUUAAUAUUUUUACCUGCUGAUCAAGACCCUCAGAGUAGGUGGGCUCCUUGUUUCUCUAUUUCAUUUAUAGGCCUGUAACUUCUGCUGUCGUUAUUCCUUGAAUUAUGGCGUCAUUGUGCCUUUUCAGACUAGUUUGUCCUUAAGAAAUGCAGUAUGUCAAAAUACAAUGGAUGUUUCUGAUUGUCUCACAGCUGAACCAAAGAAUAAAAUGAGUUGCUGCUC